ACUUGAAUGACUUGGAGAAUGUAAUCAGUUGACAUUCUUUUAAUUUAUCCCUUCUUUCUUUCAUCCUUCUUCUUUAAUCUUACAGACUAUAAUCAACCUGGACAUCAUGGCAACUUAUAAAGAAACAGUAUCAGCUGCCUUACAACAUCGCGAUAUCGGCCUUGGCAAGGUCGAGCCAAAGCUACAGGGCAUCCCCGAUGAGCUUCCUCUCAGCUCUCAAAGCCUUCCUCAAGGUGUCUUGACUGCACGUGAGAUUGAGAUCACAGAAAAGUAUUCAGUGAUCGAGCUGCUCGAUGUCCUCCGUAAGCGAGAGAUCAAGGUUGAGGAGGUGACACGUGCAUUCUUGCGGAGAGCGGCACUCGCUCAAGUUGCUACCAACUGUUUAGUUGAACUUAUGUGGGAUCAAGCCAUUGAGCGAGCCAAGUACCUCGACUCGCUACCGGAACCCAAGGGGAAGCUCUUCGGUCUUCCCAUUUCCACUAAGGAGCAUCACGGAAUGGUUGGGGAUAACGUCUCAACUCAUGCCUCAUUCGUUGCAUGGAUUGGCAAAGCCCACGGCUCCAACCUUCUCUAUGACCACUUGUAUGACGAAGGCUGCGUCUUCUACGUGCGGACUACUCAACCUCAAACUAUCAUGCAUCUUGAGACCAUCAGCAACAUCUAUGGACGGACAGUCAACCCCUACAACCGUGAUUUGACGGCUGGUGGCAGCAGUGGUGGCGAGGGAGCUUUGCUCGGCUUCCGUGGAAGCAUCUUGGGUGUUGGUGGUGAUAUUGGUGGCAGUGUCCGUUGCCCAGCUGCCCACAACGGAAUCUAUGCCUUCAAGCCAACUCUCAAGCGAAUCUCAGUCAUGGGCGCGCGAUCGAUCAUGGUCGGCAAAGAGACCGUUUCCUCAACACCUGGACCGAUGACGGUUGACCGCGAGUCCCUCGAACUGUUCAUGGAAAUUGCCUUGUCAAACAAGCCAUGGCUCAUUGAUCCUUCCCUUACAGCCAAGCCAUGGACUCCUUUCAAAUUCGACAGACCUCUGAAGGUUGCGGUUCAGUGGUGGGACGGUGUUGUCCAGCCCCAUCCUCCCAUGACAAGAGCUCUGAAGGAGGUUGCUGAAGCUUGUCGCAAAGCUGGUAUGGAAGUUGUAGACUGGGACUGUGAGCCUUUGGAUCACAAGAAGGGAUGGGAGAUUCUAUCAGCAUUGUACUGGCCCGAUGGAGGCAAGGAGGCUCUUGGGCUCAUGGAGGCCGCUGGGGAGCCUGUACUUCCAUUGACAAAGUUCAUUAUUCAGGAGCAACCCAGCGUGAAGGAUUUGACGAUGCAUGAGCUUUGGGAGCUGUGCACCAAGCGCGAUGAUUACCGGGCAGCAUAUGCUCGCGCUUGGUCAUACACAAGCAAGAACGACGGAAGAGAGGUUGAUGUGAUUCUGUGCCCGCCAUUCCCUGGAGCAGCAGCGCCUCAUGAUCAAUCACGGUACUGGGGCUACACUUCACACUGGAACCUGCUUGACUACCCCGCUGCAGUCUUCCCAGUAACAACAGUCGAUCCUGAGAAGGACCCCAAGGAUCUAAACUAUGUCCCCAAGAACGAGGACGACAAGUUCAACUAUGACUUGUACAGCCCCGAGAAAUACGCCAACAUGCCUAUCAACCUGCAAAUUGUUGGACGAAGGCAGUAUGAUGAGAAGCGACGUGAUAUCAAUUCGAUAGUUGGGACAUACACCAUAGAUCAUAUAAAAGACUCAAGACUUCUGAAUUAUGUGUACUCUGGAUUAUGCUUUUCGCUAAGCAUUGAGCUCCUAGUAACGCCACCUCCAGUGAAUAGAUGUUUAUACCCGGUUGUUUGUAUAUCCUUUUCUGUUUCCUCUAAAAAUUCCCGCAAAGUCGUCUGCCCAAUUAUUCGACGCAAAAAGGUUCGGAGAAUGGUGAUGUCCCGGAUGGAACAUCGGGCUUCAUUGAUCCAAUCACAAGGCCGCACCAUCUUGAUAACAGGCUGCUCUGACGACAGUCUUGGUUCUGCCCUGGCACUGGCAAUGAAAGAUCGUGGAUGGCGUGUCUUCCCCUCCGGGCGUAACCUAGCGAAGUUGAGUAAGGUUAAGGAAGCCGGCCUCGAAUGCAUCGAAAUGGAUGUUGGCUCGGAUGAAUCCGUCUCAGCAGCCGUUGAGAAAGUCAAGCAAAUUACUGGCGGCUCACUGGACGCGUUACUCAACAAUGCUGGCACCGGCUACAGCAUGCCUAUUAUCCAUGUAGACAUCGCCACGAGUCACGGACUCUUCGAACUCAACGUCUUCUCUAUCAUCAGAGUCACCCAAGCCUUUUUUCCUCUCCUUCUCAAGUCUACCCACGGCGCUUUACUUAUCAACAACACCUCCGCAUCUGGCCUUCUCGGAGCUGGUAUCCCAUUCCAAGGAACUUAUGCAGCAUCCAAAGCCGCUGCAGCCAGUGUGACUGAGAGUUUGAGAGUCGAACUCGCGCCCUUUGGCAUCCGGGCGAUCAACCUGUUCACUGGUGGUGUCAAGUCUACUUUUCACAACAAUUCACCUGAUGCUGAGCUUCCCAAGGACUCGAUAUACAACAUCGCCAAGGAGGCUAUCGAAGCUACCAUGAAUGGCAACGAAGCAGGGAUGAACAAACCUGAUGCGAUGACCUGGGCGAAACAGGUCGCUGGAGAUUUGAGUCAACGUAAACCACCUUAUCUAAUCUUUCGAGGUGGUAGUGCUGGUUUGGCUCGCCUAGGCACUCUGUUUCCGACGGGCACCUUCGACUCGACUGUCAAACAACUUGGUGGCAUAGACGUGUUGGAGAGAAAGCUGAAAGAGGCAAAGUCGACCCCUAAGCCUCAGUGAUCGGAUGAAAUAGGAGGAGGAUGGUGGAAUUAAUAGUGCUUUUCUUAAUUUAUAUGUUCGGACCAUGUGUCAUCUAA